GCAGAAACACACACUGAAGUCUGGAUUCAAAUGCUCUUCUUCUGAAAAAUGCAAUUAUCUGCGUAUGUCUCCUAUCGCCUCUGCUUAGGUCACAUAUUCUCCCGUUUUUCAUAUGCGGACAGUUGAUUCACAACCUUACUUCAGUCUUCACAGUUUGCAAAAGUCAUCUCGGUUUAGCCACAUCGCCCAGGUAAAGAAAACGAAUGGUCUAUUGGGGGAAAAAGGACGGAUCUCGUUGUUAGAGGCAAUGGGUAUUUAAAACAGGAGCUACCAUGCACAAGGCGAGCAACAGCAGAAGUAAAAUAGGUAAACGACAAUGUAAUGAAAACCACUGCCCGCUGUUCUCGCCUUUCAUUUAGAGGCGUUCCUUCGCACAAUACGUACGUAUCUAGGCAACUGUGUCCAAACAACUCUUUCUCCAGAUUACCAGAGAAGUAAGUUGGAAAUAGGAAGUGCAAAGAAAAAUAAUAAACCGAACACGCUGAAAUACGGCAUUAAGCAUGGCUUUACCCUUUCUUCCUGGCAACUCUUUCAAUAGAAACCUAGGAAAGGAAAAAUUUCACAAAUCCCAACAUUUUGAUUAUGCAAAUGGAACUCCCAUGUUGAUUGGUGAAGAAAAGCCUGGAAUAGGAGGAGAACCAUUACUGGGACAGACGUUAAAACCUAAAUACAGUGUUUUUCCAAAAGGAGUAGGUAGUAAUGCUCCAUCCUGGGUUGCAUUUGAUAAACAGGUUCUUUCUUUUGAUGCUUACUUUUAUGAAGCUGUGACUGAGAAGAGAGAAGAGAAGUACAGAGUCAGACAGUGUAAAAUAUACUUCUACCUUGAGGAUGAUACAAUACAGGUUGUCGAGCCACCAAUGAAAAACAGUGGAAUGCCACAAGGUACUCUGAUCAGACGUCAUCGAGUUCCACUUCCACCUCCACAUGAUGAUGAAUUUUAUAGAUUAGAACACUUCAACAUUAACAAAGAAAUAGUUUUGUACUCCAGAGUGUAUACAAUUACGGACUGUGAUCAGUUCACUCAGAAUUUUCUGAGGAAGCUGGGAAUAAGGUUAAAUCCUCCAUCUUCAGUUCCCAAGGACCCAUACAGUACACUGCGUAAACAGAUGGAAGAAGGGUUGAAGCCUUUGCGUCCUUAUGAACGAAUUGAUACACUAAGACAGUUCUUGGAACAUGACAGACAUGUACUUAGGUUCUUCUGCAUCUGGGAUGACACAGACAGCAUGUUUGGAGACAUAAGGGAACUUAUCUUGCACUACUUCCUAUCAGAUGACACUAUUGAAAUUAAGGAGAUUCUAGGAUCAAAUUCAGGCAGAGAUGCUCUCCCAGUAUUUCUUCAGAGGAGAAUGUUGCCUAAGCAUGUUCCAUUACAGACACGCCAACCUGGAGAGAUAACUAGUCGUACUGUUCUAAAUGUUUUUGGGCCAUCAGGACAAGGAGGUCGUUACAUUUUGGAUAGUCUAAAGACAGGAGCUGUAAAUGAAGAAUUCUACAAAGACUGUGACUUGAGGAUAGGACAAACCAUUAAUGUGUGGGGAAGGAAAGUGCUGAUCUGUGACUAUGAUGAAUAUACAAAGGAGCACUACAGAACAAAAUAUGGAAUAGAGGACUUUACUCCAGUUAUGUAUAAAUCUCCUGCUUCUGAAAAGAUUAAGAAAACAUUCCCUCCAUAUAAUGGUUUUGGGUCUGAAGAGGAUUCUCUAUGCUCCUGUCUUGGCUUACUGCCAAAGCCACCACAAAGAGAUUUUAAGAAGUUCAUAGAGAAAGACAGACAAGGUCUAGAGAGCAAUGUUCUGAGAUUCGUUGGCAUAUUGCUAAAUGAAGGAGGACCCAUAGAUGUUGACCGCAAGUUUAUCAUCUUAUAUUUUUUAAGUGAUGACACCAUUGCUGUCUUUGAACCUUCACAAAGGAACUCAGGGAGAGAUGGAGGAAAGUUUUUGGAAAGAGGCCGUAUUAAGAAACCUGGACAAGAGCUCUUUAAAAGUGAAAUGUCUGAGUAUUUCAAGGCCAAGGACUUAUUUGUUGGAGCAAAUGUUUCUUUUCAUGGUCACAACUUCCUUUUGAUAGAUGCUGACGAAUAUGCUUUUAAUUAUAUGGAGCGGCAUGCAGAUGAGUUUCCUUUGGCAAAUAUUGAUGCUGUCUUAAGUAAACUGAAGAACAUUGAUGAAUCCACACUUAAAGAAAUUAGUCAACAUUUCACAGCUCAGGACCCGGAAAAUACUGGGAUAAUAGGAUAUGAUCAAUUUAGGAAUCUGAUCAUUCAAGUUUCAGGCAUUCGUCUCUUGGAACAUGAAAUUAUGACAGUGGGACGAUAUUAUAGCCCUGAACAACAGUCUGAAGUGGACAUUCAAUUUUUGCUGGCACUGUCACAAGACCAGUUGAAGAAGAAAAGCUUUGAAAACUUCUCCAGAUUAUUAGAUGCCUUUGUCUACAGAGACCAGGAAAGAUGUGGAUUUCUGCCUUUCCAUGAAGCCAGGACAAUUUGCAUGGCAUUUAGACUGCCUUUACCCAAUGACCUCAUACAAGCCCUUUUGGAAAGAUAUCAAGAUGGCCAUGGAAACGUGGAGUAUACAAAGUUGCUUUCUGAUCUGAACUGGAGGCAGAAUCCUCUUUCACCUUCUCUGACACUGCAGGCUUCUACCUUGCAUGAAAAAGAAUGGCUUUGUGAGACUACAGCUCAUGCUGUCAAGAAAGUCAACUACUCAUCUUUUCUAGAAGACAUUAGCAAAGUGAAAUAAUAUUGAAUAGAAUAAAAUAUAUGGUUCUGUGUUACAAAAAUGUAUAGAGUAGUCCAUUAGUACUUAAACUGUUUCGAAAUAUUUUAACUGGACUGUUUGUUCAUUAAAGGUUAUUGUAUUUCUUUAUAAAUUUACAGGAAAACGGCAAAGUGCAACAUUUCUAUUAAAAUAUAUCAUCAUUUAAACCA